AUGGAGCCCCGGGCAGCCGCGGCGGGGUCGCCCGAGCCUGCGGCGGCGUCCUCCUCCUUCCAGGCCCGGCUCUGGAAGAACCUGCAGCUGGGGGUGGGCAAGAGCAAGGGCAGCGGGGGCGGGCGCGCAGGGGCCCCAGAGCGCCGCACUGCGGACACCCCAUCGCCCUCCCCGCCACUCCCGGGGGGCAGGCGGGACGCACUGGCCGGCGUGGGUGGCGCGGGCAGCAGGUGGAGCGGCUUCAAGAAGCGCAAGCAAGUGCUGGACCGCGUCUUCUCCUCCUCCCAGCCCAACCUGUGCUGCUCCUCGCCGGAGCCUCUCGAGCCCGGCGGCGCCGGCAGAACCGAGCAGGGGUCCACCCUGCGCCGCCGGAUCCGUGAGCAUUUGCUCCCCGCGGGAAAGGGGCCGGCGACGACCGCGGGAGCAGAGGGAGGGACGCCUCCUGGCGGACGCUCCCCGGACUCGGCUCCCUCUUCGUCCUCCGCCUCAUCCUCCCUGUCCUCCUCGCCCCAGCCGCCCGUGAGGGGGGACCGCGCCCGAGAUGAGGGUGCACGGCGUCGGGGCCCCGAGGCGCACUUGUGCCAUCAAAAGAGUUCAUCCCUGCCGGGCACUGCCUGCCUGGAGCAGCUGCUGGACCCGCCGCCGCCUCCCGCGGAGCCACCUCAGAGCCCGGUGCAGCCGCGGACCCCGGAGAAGGGCGAGGAGCUCGGCAGCAGCCAGAAAAUAAAUACUGCUGGAACCAGUAAUGCAGAUGUCCCCUUGGCUGAUCCCGGAAUGUACCAAUUGGACAUUACAUUAAGAAGGGGUCAAAGUUUAGCUGCCCGAGAUCGAGGAGGGACAAGUGAUCCAUACGUGAAGUUUAAAAUUGGAGGAAAAGAAGUUUUUAGAAGUAAAAUAAUACACAAGAACCUCAAUCCUGUGUGGGAGGAGAAAGCUUGCAUUCUUGUUGAACAUCUGAAGGAACCCUUGUAUAUCAAGGUAUUUGACUAUGAUUUUGGACUACAAGAUGACUUUAUGGGCUCGGCGUUUCUGGAUCUCACACAAUUGGAGUUAAACAGGCCCACAGAUGUGACCCUAACAUUGAAAGAUCCCCAUUAUCCUGACCAUUACCUUGGAGUCAUUUUGCUCUCCAUCAUCCUUACCCCUAAAGAAGGAGAACACAGGGAUGUGACAAUGCUAAUGAGGAAGAGCUGGAAAAGAUCAAGUAAGUUUCAGACCCAAAGUUUACGUCUAUCAGACGUACACAGAAAAUCACAGCUUUGGAGAGGAAUAGUCAGCAUCACUUUGAUUGAGGGACGAGACCUCAAGGCAAUGGAUUCAAAUGGGUUGAGUGACCCCUAUGUGAAGUUCCGGCUUGGGCAUCAGAAGUAUAAGAGCAAGAUUAUGCCAAAAACCUUGAAUCCUCAGUGGAGGGAACAAUUUGAUUUUCAUCUCUAUGAAGAGAAAGGUGGGAUUAUUGAUAUCACUGCCUGGGACAAAGACGCUGGGAAAAGGGAUGAUUUUAUUGGCAGGUGCCAGGUGGACCUGUCGGCCCUCAGUAGGGAACAGACACACAAGUUGGAGUUGCAGCUGGAAGAGGGUGAGGGUCACCUGGUACUGCUGGUCACCCUGACAGCUUCGGCCACAGUCAGCAUCUCUGACCUCUCCGUCAGUUCCCUGGAGGACCAGAAAGAACGGGAGGAAAUCUUAAGGAGAUAUAGUCCACUGCGGAUAUUUCACAACCUGAAAGAUGUGGGAUUUCUCCAGGUGAAAGUAAUCAGAGCAGAAGGGUUGAUGGUCGCUGAUGUCACAGGUAAAAGUGACCCAUUUUGUGUAGUUGAACUGAACAAUGAUAGGCUGCUGACACAUACCGUCUACAAAAAUCUUAAUCCCGAGUGGAACAAAAUCUUCACAUUCAACAUUAAAGAUAUCCAUUCAGUUCUUGAGGUGACAGUUUAUGAUGAAGAUCGGGAUCGAAGUGCUGACUUUCUGGGCAAAGUUGCUAUACCAUUGCUGUCUAUUCAAAAUGGUGAACAGAAAGCCUACGUCUUGAAAAACAAGCAGCUGACAGGGCCAACAAAGGGGGUCAUCUAUCUUGAAAUAGAUGUGAUUUUUAAUGCUGUGAAAGCCAGCUUACGAACAUUAAUACCCAAAGAACAGAAGUACAUUGAAGAGGAAAACAGACUCUCUAAACAGCUGCUACUAAGAAACUUUAUCAGAAUGAAGCGUUGUGUCAUGGUGCUCGUAAAUGCUGCAUACUACGUUAAUAGUUGCUUUGAUUGGGAUUCACCCCCAAGGAGCCUCGCUGCUUUUGUGCUCUUUCUCUUUGUUGUCUGGAACUUUGAGCUCUACAUGAUACCACUGGUUUUGUUGUUACUGUUGACAUGGAACUACUUCUUGAUAAUAUCAGGGAAAGAUAACAGGCAACGUGAUACAGUAGUGGAGGACAUGCUGGAGGACGAGGAAGAAGAAGAUGACAAAGAUGACAAGGACAGUGAAAAAAAGGGAUUUAUAAAUAAAAUCUAUGCCAUCCAGGAGGUUUGUAUCAGUGUCCAGAACAUCCUAGAUGAAGUGGCUUCCUUUGGCGAAAGGAUAAAGAAUACUUUCAACUGGACUGUCCCAUUCUUAAGCUGGCUGGCCAUUGUAGCCCUCUGUGUGUUCACAGUCAUCGUGUACUUCAUUCCACUGAGAUACAUUGUCCUUGUCUGGGGCAUCAAUAAAUUUACAAAAAAGCUUCGGAGUCCAUAUGCAAUUGAUAACAAUGAACUACUUGACUUCCUUUCCAGAGUCCCUUCAGAUGUACAAGUGGUGCAAUACCAAGAACUGAAACCAGAUACUUCUCAUAGCCCAUGUAAAAGGAAGAAAAACAAUCUUGGCUAGCCAGCUCCCAGCACUGAGGAGACCAGCAUCUGUUUGGGAAGAUAAAAGAAAAAGCCUUCAGCCUCAGCAGCAUUUCCUUUCUUCCUGCUUUUUAUUUAUUUUGCCUUUUUAUCAUGAUCGAGAGAAUUUGUAAAUAGCGUACAAAGGCAUAUGUCUUUGAAAAUAUACUUCCAUUGUACAGACUCAAUUUGCUAAAGGUUUAGCUGUUGCUGUGUGAAAGCCUUGUUGGCUGUGGAUAAUAACAUAACACACUGGAACAACAAAUAGAAGCAUGGUAACGUUGGGAGAUAUACACUUCUCUAAUUACAAGUGGAAGCACCAGAAUAUUACAUUAAAUGCUCAGCUGUACCCUGAUUAAAUCUACAUAAAACGUAAAUGUCAAUUUGAUUUUUAAAGUUUUUUUUUUAAUGUGACUAUUUUUUAUCUGAAAAGUAAUCCAUUACAGUUGUUUUCUAUGUUUUAUACAUGUCAAAAGAGAAGGGGGAAAUCCCAAAAUCUGAAUUAUGGAACAGAUGCAUUUCAAUUUAACUAAGAUUCUGACUUCAGAUCCUGACUUUCAUUCCUGUGCAAAUUACUGAGAUAUGACUCGGCUUAUUUUAAGCUAAUGAGUGGAAGGUACAUUCACUCUGUCAAGAUAAUCUUUCACACUCUACAAAGAAAACUUCCAAAGCUUCUAUCAUUCCAUCUAAAACCUUAAAAUCUCUACAGGAUUACACAUAAAUACUGCCAGGUUUAUAAAUGAUUGCCUAUCUGAAUUUUUAUACCUACCACUACUUUAAUUUGUACCAGGUUAGCAAGUUAGCAACCCAGUUCAGUUGUCAAAAAUACUAGCAACCUAAAUCCGUGUUGCUUUUGGUGUUUCUGUGCCUCUAAAAAUAUUUAAUACUCAAGUGUUAUCACACACACAAAAAGUAUCUGCUUUCUCAUAGAUUACUGAAAUGCUUUAAUGCAUAGUAUGAUUUUUGUUUGUUAGUGUGAAUUUUAAUGUAUAGAAUGCUAAUGUGCUAAGUGAUAUGCCAGUGUUUCAUUAUAUUCAUUUAUAGAAAAACUAAUCAAUCGUUCUUGAUAAUAUGAAUGCAUGAAACCUAUUUUGUAAAAAACAAAAAAAAAAUCAAAAAACAAAAACAACAAAAAACUGCUUAUUGGGAGGGGGGAGUUUGCCUUUAAAAAAAUGUUUCACUACUUACCAUAGAAUCUAUACUUAAAAAUUUCAUUCCCAAGACUUAUGGUAGUUUUGUACCUAGCUCCCUGAUAAAUCAAGGGAGUAUACCUCUGGAGAGAGAAAUAAUUUGGUGAGAAUGUUUUACUUCCCUGACUGGGUAGCGGAUUAAGCUUGGCUGAAAUGCUGUAGAAAAUGUUUUGCACUACUUUAUUAAUAGACUGGGAUAGAGUGAAGGGGGGGGGUGGGUUAUGAUGGAAAAACAGAAAAGCCAGAAGCCAGAAAUAUAUAUUUCACUCUAAAGGAAGAUUCUUUAAAAAUAAAUUUAAUCUCAUCAAAGCUAAUUUUUAAAGUAUUUUUAUUUUAAAGCGACGUUGUUAAAUACUAUUUCUUAUGAUAGAACUAUUUUGAUCUGUUUAUACACUAUGCUUGAAAGAGAAUGUCAAUUAAAUUCCCUUUCUACAGAAAGGCUUUGACCUCAAUAUGCUCUAUUUAGCUCACCGUGUUUAUAAUAACAUGCUCCUACCCGCAUACCAUCACUGUUUGUUGCUUAGACAUAAUACUCCAUGAAGCUGAUGUUCCCACAGAAAGUUUAUUGAUGGGAUAAUUUGUUUGAAAUACCUUUUGAUUAGACCUUGUGUGAGAUUUAUGUUCCGUGCUGACAGUGUCUACUCAAAUGUCUACAAGCCUGAUACUGUACAACUUCAGAUGUACCUGCGGCAUAGUAACCAUUAACAGAUGCCUAAUUUUUGUUUCAUUCUACCAACUUUCAGAUGUUAAAUUCAAUGGUAAUGUUGACUAUACAUUCACUGCAUUAAAUAAAAAAAUCUUUUUUAA